GUCCAAACCUGCGCUUCCGGUGUUAUGGCCGAUCGCAGAGAAGGUUGACAGUAAUGUGGGGUCUUUCUUUAACAUGAACGCGUGUGUUUAGACCGGUGUGUUUGUGUGGUGUAUGAUGGCGGUGACGCAGCUGUGUCGGCUGGUUACCUGUCGGUCGGCUGCUCGUGCGGCAUUUCGCGCGCACAGGAAGUACAGCAAGGUGUGCCCAGCUAUAUCAGAGCGACUGCAAGUCUUUGAGUCCCUCAGGGAGAAACGGGCCAAUCAUAAGAGAAGUGAAGCUGCAGAAUCACCCGUCAGUAUCCGUCUGGCUGAUGGCCGGAUGAUAAAGGGAACAGCUGGUGUCACCACACCUCUCUUUGUUGCACAGAGUGUUCGAGCGAAAGGAGCUCUGGUGAGUACAGUGAACGGAGAGUUGUGGGAGCUUGGACGGCCUCUAGAGGCAGACUGUGAACUGCAGCUCCUGGGGUUUGACACAGUUGAGGGACGGCAGGCAGCGUGGAGGACGGGAGCAUGUGUCCUGGGCGGCGUGUUGGAGACAGAAUUUGGUGCCGAGGUGUGCAGAGAAGGAACGUCAGAAUUCGGCCUUCACUGUGACCAUCUGCUGGAUAACAGUUCCCUGUCUCUGAGUGAUGUGGAAGAGAGAUGUAACCAAGCUGCCGCCCUCAGACUUCCUCUGACCAAACUGGAGCUGAAUACAGAAGAGGUCAAAGAGCUCUUCCAGUACAGUAAGCUGAGGCUGCAGCUCAUUGAGGAACAGAUGAAUGGCCCCACCGUCACAGUAUACAGGUGUGGGGACAGCUUAGCGGUCUGCAACGGCCCCCUCCUUCCACACACUGGACUCCUCAGGGUCUUCAAGAUGCUCCAGCGGUCGACCGUGACCCUGGCCAAUCAGACGGAGUCCUCGGGAUUGGUUCGUCUCCUUGGUGUGGCUUUUCCAGGUGAGAAGGACAAGCAGGAGUGGGAGAGGGAGCAGGAGGAGGCGAGGAGGAGGGACCACAGACGCAUCGGGACGGACCAGGAUCUGUUCUUCUUCAAUGACGUCAGUCCAGGCAGUUGCUUUUUCCUGCCUAAAGGAGCCCACAUCUACAACACACUCACUGACUUCAUUAAGAGUGAAUACCGAAGGCGAGGCUUCACAGAGGUCGUGACCCCGACCCUGUACAGCACUGCAUUAUGGGAACGCUCGGGCCACUGGGAGCACUACAGCGAGAACAUGUUCACUGUGACAUCCGAAGGCUCUCAGACCUACGCUCUGAAACCCAUGAACUGUCCUGCACACUGUCUCAUGUUUGAGCAGCGUGUUCGCUCAUGGAAGGAGCUUCCUCUGCGAUGGGCCGACUUCGGGGCGCUGCAUCGUAAUGAGCUCUCUGGAGCGCUGGGAGGUCUCACUCGUGUUCGAAGGUUCUGCCAGGACGACGCUCACAUCUUCUGCACACCUGAGCAGCUACAGGAGGAGAUUGUGGCGUGUUUGGACUUUGUGAGGAGUGUGUAUCAAGUGUUUGGGUUUUCUUUCCACUGCCUCCUGUCUACACGUCCAACACCAUGCCUUGGGGAGCCUGAACAGUGGGAUAAUGCAGAGCAGCAGUUGGAGAGGAGUCUGCAGCAGUUUAGCGAACGUUGGGAGUUGAACGCAGGAGACGGAGCCUUCUAUGGACCAAAGAUUGACAUUCAGAUCAAAGAUGCCAUUGGCAGACAACACCAGUGUGCCACAAUCCAGUUAGAUUUCCAGCUGCCAAUCAGAUUUGACCUUCAGUAUGUCGGUCAUGACGGUCAGCUGCACAGGCCGGUGAUGAUCCACAGAGCAGUGCUGGGAUCGCUGGAGAGAAUGAUCGCUAUACUGGCUGAAAAUUUUGGAGGAAAAUGGCCACUGUGGUUGUCCCCGGCGCAGGUCAUGGUGAUUCCUGUAGGGGGCAACAGUGAGUCAUACGCCAAACAGGUGGUCCGUCAGUUCCAUGAUGCCGGCUUCAUGGUUGACUUGAACAACGAUCAGGGAACAACCUUAAAUAAGAAGAUUCGCUCUGCUCAGCUGGCCCAGUACAACUACAUAUUUGUUGUUGGGGAUAAGGAGAGUGAGAGCGGAACAGUGAAUGUGAGGAGCAGAGGGGGCAAACAGCUUGGGAAGAGGCCGACAGAGGAGGUGCUGACAUCCCUCAUACAGCUACGAGACACCAGGAGCAACCUGAACGAAUUUUGAUGGAAAUAAUGAGUCACUAAUGUAAUUUAUGGCUGUUUAUAUGUAAAGCUGUUACACUUUAGAGGUGGCUGUUAUAGUUGGUAAUAAAAGUCUAUAAAAGAUUGUU